AUGUCAAUUUCAAUGGAACUAGACAAUCUUCUGUUCGAUUUACAAUCGACUUAUAAACUCUUUUCUCAAUUCGAACAUAAUGAAAUUCUGAAAGCAUACGUAUCAUUGGCUACCAUUAUUUCUGGUCAAAUAACAGUGGCAAUUGAAUGGCAAGAAAUUUUCGUUCACGCAAUAUCUUAUCUGUCCAAUUCAAUAUUGACAUUAUUUGUCAGUAAUAUUCACACGCAGCUGCAACUUCCUGAGAUAAUUGAGAAAAAAGAAUCGACCCGGAGAAUUGACGUUAGAGAUGUUGAUUUUAAUGAUGUAAAGAUAAUAAAGCAAGCUGGUAAAAAGGGAACAAAGAAAAAGGAGAAAAAGAAGGAGAAGAAGAAAAUAGAAAAAAAAGAAUCGGACAAUAAUGAGCAGGAAAAAAAUGAUGAUAACAAUGCGGAGAAACGUGAAAAAGAAAGAGAAAUAAGAGAAAAAAAUUGGGAAGAAUGUUGGAAUAAAAAACUUGAAGAGAAAGAAGCACGUGAGGAUGAAGCUUUUUGUUCAAUUCACGGUUUCUAUCCAAAGCCAAAAACACAAACGAACAUUUGGCUUCAAGUCACUUAUGGAAAAUUGUUGCAGGACGUUCAACUAUGCUUCAAAAAAGACACUGUACCAAAACCACCACCGCCGCCGCUUCCUCCUUUAAAAAUAGAAGAAUUCGAUCCUCCAGCUGUUGAAAAAAAUGAAGGAAAAGGAAAAGAAAAAAAGAAGAAGAAAAAGAAGAAAGCAAAGGCUAAAGCAAAAAGGAAAUAAGAAAAACAUGAAACUAAUGGAGAUUCGCAUCACCUCUAAUUCAAUUAACGUGCGAGUGUGUGGGAGGUUUGAGAGAAAUGAAAAUUAAAGAAGAGUAUGCCCUAAAGAAAAUAUAUAUAAGAAAAGGGGGUGAAAGUUGUUAUUCUUGUCACCGUAGGUCAUUC